AUGCCUGUCGGAACACUUACUGCUAUUAUCGGGGGCAGCGGUUCGGGAAAGACAACUAUGCUAAACACAAUGGCUGAGCGGAUGAUAAGUGGACGAUUGACAAUAGGUGGUACGACAACAUUCAAUGGCAUGAAAGGUGUGAAUAGUGUUCGUAGUGCGUAUGUCAUGCAACAAGACGUUUUACUACCGUCUUUGACAGUUCGAGAAACACUACGAUAUGCUGCGGAUCUACGAUUGCCACCGCCAACGACUGAAGACGAGAGAAGGAAGGUUGUGGAGGAGGUAAUUUUAGAGCUUGGUUUGAAAGAAUGCGCCGACACAAGAAUUGGAAGUACCCAACACAAGGGAUGUUCAGGUGGUGAGAAGAGAAGAACCAGCAUUGGCGUACAGUUAUUAAGUAAUCCAAGUAUCUUAUUUCUGGACGAACCUACCACUGGACUUGAUGCUACUAGUGCAUUUCAACUAGUCAGAACUCUUAAAGGUUUGGUCAAAAGAGGCCGCACGGUUGUUACCACCAUCCACCAGCCCAGAUCAGAAAUAUGGGGAAUGUUUGACGGCCUGGUAAUCUUAACAAAAGGUAGUCCGGUAUAUUCUGGAAAAGCUGCCGAUUGCUUGCCUUGGUUCAAAGAAAUCGGAAUGGAGCUACCGCCAUUUGUUAACCCUGCAGAGUUCUUGAUUGACAUGGCAGCUAUUGACAAUCGCUCGCCUGAACUCGAGGCAGUUUCCUCCGCAAGAGUUGAGAGUUUGAAACUUGCUUGGGCAGAGGAAAACAAGAGAAAGUUCUCCCGAGAUAAUGAAAAGGGUUCAUUUGCUGAGGCACCCAAUACUCACGAUCUUGCAUCAAAAAAGUGGACUCGGCACUCUCCUUUCAUCCAGCAGACUCGCGUGCUAACCUCUCGAACCUUUGUCACAACCUAUCGAGACCCCAUGGGCAUGUUUGGAUCUCUUAUAGAAGCAAUCGGAUUAGGUAUCAUGAGCGGUUGGGUGUUUUUAAACCUGCGAGAAGAUCUUUCUGGUAUUCGCAGUCGCCAGGGAGCGCUUUAUAAUGCCGCCGCGUUACAAGGGUAUCUCAUGCUUUUGUUUGAAACAUAUCGUCUGACCAUUGAUAUACAACUUUUUGAUCGCGAGAAUAACGAGAAUGUGGUAGAUGUUAUUCCGUUUUUACUAAGUAGAAGGAUUGCAAGGCUCUUUACUGAAGACUUUCCCGUUCCACUGAUCUACUCAGUUAUUUUCUACUGGAUGGCAGGUUUCAGAUCGGAUGGUUCGACUUUCCUCACCUUUUUUGCCAUCGUGUUGCUUUGUCAAUACAUUGCGGUUACUUUUGCCAUGACGUGCGUAGCAGCGUCAAGAAAUUUUCCUGGUGCAUCUCUUAUUGCAAAUAUGGGUUACACGGUUCAGAGCUUUGCCUGUGGUUACUUCAUCCAAAGUAACACAAUACCGGUAUAUGUGCGCUGGCUGAAAUGGACAGCAUACGUUUUCUACGCAUUUGGUGCUUUCUGUUCGAAUGAAUUUGUGGGCCAAUUCUAUGAUUGUCCUUAUGAAGGUGGAGAGUCAAAUCCACAAUGCGUAGAAUACACAGGCACAUUUAUCAUAGAUUCUUUGGGAUUUCCUGACAACUGGAUUGUCAGGCCAAUCAUUUUUCUACUCUGUUAUUCGAUCAUGUUCUACGUCCUUGCGGGCAUUGGUUUACGAUUCAUAAAGGUUGAAAUGACAAUUGCAAGAGCAAGAGGAUCAGAUGCGGACUUCUCUGCAGGAAAGGAAAAGAUGACAGUGAGAUCUGCGGCGGAGGUUAGAACUGUUGAUAUUAGCCUUAAUAGAUUUGCACUAGAUCUAAAGAAGCGAAACUCGCUUGGAAAAAAGAAACCCAUCAAACCCAUCUUGAAUCCAGUCACGGCAACAUUCCAAGCUGGAGUUUUAAAUGUCAUCAUGGGACCAUCGGGAAGUGGCAAAACAUCUCUUCUCAAUGCGAUGGCAUUGAGACUGCGUAAUUCCAUCGGAACAAAUUAUCGAAAAACAGGAGAUAUGACUUUCAACGGUUCAGUGCCGUCAGCCUCUGUCAUACGAUCUGUUUGUUGUUAUGUCUGUCAAGAUGAUGAUGCACUACUUCCUUCCUUGACGGUUAGGGAAACGCUUCAUUUUGCUGCUGGACUACGGCUUCCAUCAUUUAUGACUAAGGAGCAAAAAAUUAGACGUGCUGAGGAUGUCCUUCUAAAGAUGGGCCUAAAGGAUUGUGCAGAUAACCUUAUUGGAUCUGAUCUUAUUAAAGGUAUAUCAGGAGGUGAAAAGCGUAGAGUGACUAUCGCAGUUCAGAUUUUGACCGAUCCAAGGGUACUUCUCCUGGAUGAGCCAACUUCUGGUUUGGAUGCAUUUACCGCUUCAUCAAUCAUGGAGGUGCUUCAAGGUCUUGCACAAGAAGGGCGAACUUUGAUUCUCACAAUACAUCAAUCUCGUUCAGACACUUUUAAACAUUUUGGAAGUGUACUUUUGUUGGCACGUGGCGGGUCUCCAGUCUAUGCAGGUAAAGGAUCUGACAUGAUUUCUUACUUUGAGAUGCUAGGCCAUCCAUGCCCUACAACAACAAAUCCAGCUGAUUUUGCACUUGAUCUAAUUACCGUUGAUCUACAAAAGUCAAGUCGGGAAGAGGCCACUCGGUCCAGAGUGAGGGAUUUGAUUAGUUCUUGGUCAUCUGGGAAUUUUAGAAAAGCUCUUGUUCCAACUACCAUAUCUACUCCUGCAGAACUUGGUUCCCUUGUCCGCAAAACAUCUGGCUUUCUUUCUGCAUAUCCACUUCUCGUCCAUAGAGCUUCUAUAAACUUUCGUCGACAGCCUAACUUGCUUAUGGCUAGAAUCAUGCAAGUCUUGGGUCUCGCCAUAAUUCUCACUUUGUUCUUCGCACCUUUGAAACACGAUUAUUAUUCUGUACAAAAUCGAUUUGGAUUUAUCCAAGAGUUUUGCGCAUUUUAUUUCGUUGGUAUGUUGCAAAACGUUGCGGUUUAUCCUAAUGAAAAGGAUGUGUUCUAUCGAGAAAAUGAUGAUGGCAUUUAUAGUGUCGAAGCAUUCUUCGCUCAGUAUACUACGCUUGAAAUACCCUUUGAGAUUUUAACAUCGUUAAUUUUUGCCAUAUUAACGGAUUUGGCUGCUGGACUGCCUAGAAAUGCGCAGGUUUUCUUUUUUAAUACCCUCUUCUCCCACACCGGCUUCGCCGUAAACCUUACUAGCGUUUUCCUCUCCAUCGCUCAAGUCAUGUCCGGUAUCCUUUCAAUCAACAUGCCCAGCUUUCUUCAAGGCGUAAACUAUCUCUCUCCCAUUCGCUAUUCUAUCCGAAAUCUUGCACCCUAUACAUUGAGAAACAUUAAAUUCACAUGCACAGAUGCGCAAAAAAUGCCAAAUGGUAAUUGUCCGAUUAGUUCGGGAAUCGAGGCUUUGGAUCUGUAUAAUUUGAAUACGGAUCCUUUGUGGAAUAUUGUGGCUUUGGGGAUUUGUACGCUGGUUUAUAGAGUUCUUGCGUAUGUGUUGUUGAAGGGGAUGAGGAUGCAUUGGGGGGGUUUUGGGAAGGGUGGGAGGAAGGGGGAGAGGGAGAGGGAGAAUAGAAAUGGUGAUGUUUGUGGUGAUGGUGAUGUAGAUGGUGAUGAUGGGAGGGUGUGA